AUGGAGUCCUCCUCAGAAUACAUGCCCGAGACGUCUGAACGGGGCUCAUUGACGGCGCACUCCAAUGAUGAUAGCCACUUUGUCGGCAGUUCCAGCGGAGUUUAUUUCAUCAACACGGUCAAACAGGCAUUUUCGGGCAGCUUGGAUGCAUCCGGUCAAUCAGGAACUGGAUUUCCAACAGCUGAAGACACAUUGUUGGGUGCCGAUGACUCGCCGCAUACUCACCACUCAUCUUCUAAAGUUGACUCUACAUCCCCCGAUGGAUUGGGCGAGUCUCCUUUACAAUGGACUUACGACCCAACUGUUGUUGCUGUCUUAGGCAGUGCACCUCCACUAGAUCUGGCAAAGGAGUUGAUGAUGAUGUACUUCAAAGUUUGGCAUCCUCUAUUCCCGUUUCUGCACGGGCCUACUUUUCUACAGGCAAUGGAGAGACUCUAUGCAGGUCCUAACUCUGGACUUACAACAGCCAAAUCUACCUCUGACCACCGGAGUGCUUGCUGGACGACAAUAUUUCAAUGUGUUUUCAACCUCGCUAGUCUUCUGCGAUCGGAUCUGGAUCUUCCAACCCAGUGUACAAUUCCGUCGCCCAGCAGCAUCAACCCAUUGUUGGGGUCUCUUUCCUCUCGACACGACAUACCGUCUUUUCAGGCACUUUUAGCAACUCAGGUCUAUCUAGUUGCAACCAUGUCACUUCGGCCAGCUUCGACUGUCGGUGGCUGUAUUCUUCGGUCUAUGCUUCACGCCGGCCUGCAUCGUUGUCCAUUCCGAUACCGUGAGCUUUCUUCGCAUGAUCGGCACCUGCGAAAACGCAUAUUUUGGUGUGCAUAUGCUAUCGAUCGAUAUCUCAGCCAGGCAUUGGGUCUACCCCUUGGUAUCCAAGAUUCGGACAUUGAUGUGUGCCUGCCUGCUGCGCGGGAGAUACACUCUUCUCGACAUCAGAGGGGCAUACCUUACAAUGCACAGCAGUACCUUAUACCGGAUGACUGCCAGGCUUACGGCCAAAUAGACCCAUAUAAUGCACCCAUUGGCACCAUGAGGAAUGAGCACAAGAAUCAAAGUGUAAAGGAGAACAUCCUUGCCAGUUAUGUUGAUUCCGGCACACUCACAGGCCGAGCCUUGGAGAUAUUCCACAAGUCACUCUUGGUCAGAUCUGUCCCGCGAAAAUCCGUCCUGUUUCUCGUGACCGACGUUCACAAGUGGUGGAACAGCCUUCCUCUCGAUCUUCUGGGGAAAUCUACAGGGCAACACACUUUGUCGCCGGCUGACAGCCCUUUUGACUUCGGCCCAUUCUUCACGGUCUUGUAUCAGCAUUUGAUUCUUCUCAUUAAUCGACCGUCCUUAUCACUCGAACCGACCACUGCAGAAUUUUGUUCUGGAUUGCAAACAUGCAUUGGCGCCGCUAGGUCAAUUCUUGCUGCAUUGAAGGCACAAACAGACAGUCGACAAGCAUUAUUCUGGCCGGGGUUCCUGUCAGCCGCAUGGAUGUCUGGAUUGGUGCUAGCAUUUGCUUGCCAACUAAAGCAAUAUGCCCUUGAAAAGGCUCUACAGGAAAUUUCCGAAUGUUUGGAAUAUCUGAAAGUCAUGUCUGUUCAGUGGGAGACAGCCAAGCACUGCUUUAUGGCGUUAUCUUUACUAUUGACCAAAAUAAAAGAGAGAGAAAGCGAUGCGGACGAGAGAGAAUAUCCUCAUCCAUAUGCUAUUCGGUAUUUGGAAAGGCCUCCAACCUCUUUUGACAGGUCCGAUGAGCGUGGGCAGAGAAAAAGGAAGAAUAGUGACGAUACGCAGUCGAAUACGAACCCAUCGACUCAAGUUCCAGGUUCUUCUGGGCGAGAAACGGAACGCUUGCACCCAGCGUUGGCGGCGAGUCGCCAGACCGACUUUUCUCGCGACAGGCCGUCGAAAUCGCAAUCACUUUCUGCGGAGUCUGCUCAGUCCAGAGAUAUGAAUUCUGCUACAGCAAGCCUUUCAGCCGAGACACCACUGUCCCUAGAAAUGCGUUUCCCGAGCUUGGCCAAUGAUAAUGUCACUGGAGAAUCAAACUUCGACUUGAAUAUGGUGGAUUUGCUCGAUGGAGCGAAUUUCGAUUCUCUCUUUGAUUUAAUUGGACAGCAGUAUCCCAGUUUCUGA